AUGGAUGACCAAGAGAAGGACAAAAUUGCCCUCAGGAUUGCCUUUAUAGCUGAGACCAAGCUGGCUAUUGUUGUUACCGUACUGCUAGAGAAACUGCAACAGGAUGAGCAAAACAGAGUAGACAAUUACUGUGUCCUGGAGAAGGUCUUACAGCAGGACACCAGGGACCUGGAGAGAGGGCUACUGAACAAAACAAUAACCCUAGCCUCAAACCACAUGAGAGAAACUCAGGAGUAUCAUGAUCAGAUAUUUGAACCGAUCUCAUGGCUCCUUGAGCAAUAUAAGGAGGACGCUCAUGUUUUUCACAUCACCAAGGUGAGAUACCAGUCCUUAAGUCACUACAUAUUGCUCCUGUGUGUGCCCCUAUCUGACUUUCACCCUCUGUUGCAGAGUCUGAGCCAGCUCUUGGAGGUCUCUGGUGAAUAUAAGAUCCCUCUCCCUAAAGGAAAGUUUCAAGCCAUCUGCAGUGCUCUGCACAACCAGAUCUGUUCUCAAGCUAAGCCGCUCAGCACGGAAAAUCACGCAGAGCUGGUCCAUUGUAUAGUUCUGCUAGCCCGUUCUUCUCCAGAGGAUCUGAUAGCAUUUCUGCACUCCCAGUUGAAGAUUAAGAAUGAGGCUGUUCGUGUCACGUCUUUGAAUCUGCUCAGAGCUAUUGCUGAUGCUGACUUGCCCGAGACAGGAGAUAAAAAGUGUCUGAUUGUGAAGGCAGUGAAAUCCACUCUGGGUGAUCAGAAUGCUACGGUGAGGAAGGCAGUUCUUCAUUUCACCAGGAGGCUGCUCAGCUCAGAAAGUGUGGAGAAUUGUGCAGCAUGGGAUAUGGUAGCACAUGUUUUCAUGGAGUUCAUUGUAUCCACCAGCAAACUGGCAAGGAGAGUUCUUAACACUUAG